UUGUUCGGAUCGGCGUAUCGUUUACACCGCGUAAAGAGGAUCGAAGCAAUUAAUUACGCAUUUGCAAUUACACGCGAGAUAUCAUUUUUACUUCCGCGCGGUUUUUCUCUUUCGCUGUGGUUAUUUAUGCGAAUUGAGCGAUUGAGCCAAGCUAGUGGUUAGCGGUUUAGUGGUCUCUCGAGACGCAGUCGCGUGAGUUGACGGGAUUCGGCCGGACGGGUGCGCGCGCGCGCGAUAUUGCUUGCAUUAACGUCGUCGCGGAUCUCCGAUUGACCCGUCUCAUCAUCGUCCUGGCCCGCCGGGGAAGCCGAUGCUAAACGCAGCAUGGACCAACCGAGCUCGGAGCAACCGAGUCGCGAACAGAAACCGAAGGACAGGCUGGUCGGUCUCCUGGAUCAACUUGAGGUUCACGUAGAACAACUACGAAGGGAUGCCGCUAGGCUCAUGGAAGAGAAGGACGGCCUGCUGACGACCUUGGACACACUUAGGAAUAACGAUAUGCUGUUCGCUCUCGAGGAACCUGAUAGAGACGAUAUCUUGAGGUAUGCCGAUAGAGUAUCCAUGCGCUGUUCGACUGUAGAUGUAUUAGUCACAGUUCAACGAGAUCACGUUCAGCAGGAAGCAUUACAUCAGGUAUUUGUUAAUGGCUUGAUUGACAGCUUGGUCAUGGGCCUGCGACAUGAUCCAAACGCCACUCGGCAGCGAUGCGCCGAAUUCAUGAACGCAUGCUCGUCUCACGGCAUGGGACAUUCCGAUAAAAUCUUCGAAACCGCCAUUCUUGGCUGUACACUGGACGACCAAAAACGAGUCAAGAAGAGGCUACAGGGUCUCCUCGAUUAUAUCGACAAGAUGCACAUUUUGGAGAUGGCGCAGUAAAUGAUACCAAGGGAUUACUUGACGGAGUUGAAAGUCCGCCUCAGUUUCCAUACGAGUUUCGUGAUUGGCGAAGCUUUUCGACUAGAGCGCUGUUGUAGUGGUUUAAGAGAUACUUGAGAACGAGGUACAUUCUUUGCGCCUUUUCUGCGUGGCUGACUUUCCAUUUUCCUUCUACGUACUUGGCACAAACAGCUACUUCGAAUAAAAAGCUUAACUGUGUACAGAAUGUACACAGUGCAAUUGAAUUUAAUCUUGUGGCGAUGUGAUACCGAUUCUCGACGUUUAUAUGAUUCUCGAACAUAUUUUAAGAUACUUAGCAUUUCGGUACUUUAGAAAAAUUAAAAAAAAAAAGAAAUUUAAGGAAGCGUUCGAUAACAUUUUUUAAAUCUGUACGUUUUAAAAUAAAAGAAGAUUUCUCCGGGGAAAUCUGGGGAAAUAAAACUCCGGGGAUGAUCUGUAAUUGUAGAAUUUUAAAUAUUACAUGAAUGAUGUAAUAUUGAAAAGAUUAAGUAAAAAGGCUCCUUUACUUCUCUAAGAGGAUCACGUAUUUACUUUUUAAAACAUCCACUAUUUGAUAAAUAGUGUAUAAUGGAAAAGCAGUUGAAUUAUUUUUGAAGAUAAUGUCACCUGGAGUGAUUCAAAAUAUUCUGUUUAUUGCUUUUUUUUAAUUUAAAAUCCUUUCUCAUUUAUGUCUCUCUUUUCAAUAUUUUACUUUUAUCAAAAAUCAAUUUAUUUUUAGCAAAAUGUACAGAGAUUUAACGUUCUGUUAUAUUACAAAUAAGUAAAAAUAUAACAUUAGUUAUUAAGUAA